UAAUCUAGCAUAUGAUUUUAAUUGAGUAGCGUACGUCGUUGAAGUUUGAGCUCAGUUUGUCAUCUAAUUAAACUCCUGCUGUGAAAAAAUCAAUAUAAAAGAGAUCAUUAAAUUUCCGAGUGCACUUGUAUUUAUUUUUGGCAGUUACGUUGUUAUUAUAUUAUUUAUAUUGAUUUUGUUUUAAUAACGAUGGAUGAGAAUAUAAAUAAUCCAAUCAAGUCAAUUACAUCGUUUUACGCUGGACAAAGUAUAUUUUUAACAGGUGCGACAGGAUUUAUGGGUAAAGUAUGCAUGGAGAAGAUACUGCGAUCUUGCCCAGAUGUUCGCGAAGUGUUUAUAUUGAUGCGCCCAAAAAAAGAACAAAGCAUUAACGAAAGGCUCGAACAAAUAUUGAAAUUACCGUUAUUCGAUAAACUGCGAAAAGAGCAACCUUCAAAUUUAAAAAAAAUAAUUCCACUUUUUGGUGAUGUUAGUAAAGAGAACUUGGGUCUGUCGGCUGCCGAUAGAGAAAUGUUAGUUGAAAGAGUGACUAUAAUAAUUCAUGCAGCAGCGAGUGUGAGAUUUAAUGACAGCUUAAAGUAUGCUAUUUUUAUAAAUACUAGAUCGACAAGAGAUAUCUGUAUCUUAGCUCAAGAUAUGAAAAAUCUUCUAGCACUAGUUUAUGUUAGUACAGCAUACGCGCAUAUAAAUAAUUCUGUCAUAGAAGAAAAAAUAUACCCACCAGUAGCCGAUUGGCGGAAAAUGAUCAAAGCAGCCGAGUCAUUGGAUGAGCAUAUUUUAAAUGUCUUUACAGCUAACUAAUCGAAUGCUGCGAUGAUAACUAGCCAUU